AUGAAACUGGGAAGCAAAGAAAUAAGAAUUGUGUCCUUGUUGCUGCUGGAUACGCUAUUUUUCGUGUUAGAGAUAACGGCCGGGUACAUGUCGCACUCUCUAGCCCUGAUUGCGGAUUCGUUCCAUAUGUUAAACGAUGUAAUUUCUCUUAUGGUUGCACUUUGGGCCGUAAACGUUGCCAAGAACAAAAAUCCGGAUUCCACGUAUACUUAUGGCUGGAAAAGAGCUGAGAUUUUAGGUGCUUUGAUUAACGCCAUCUUUUUGAUUGCUCUGUGCGUCUCGAUUCUGGUCGAAGCACUGCAAAGGAUUAUAGCUCCCCCGGUAAUUGAAAAUCCAAAAUUUGUGCUGUGCGUGGGUAUCGCAGGGUUAGUAUCGAACACCGUUGGCAUUUUCUUAUUCCACGACCAUGACCAAGAACACGGGCAUGGACAUUCCCACAGCGAUAUCUUCGCCGGCGACGAGGCUCAGAUGCCGUCGUCACACACGCAUACACAUGGUCACGGUGACCGCCUGGGAGAUAUCGACCGCAUGGAUAGCUCUGAUAGUAUUUCCGAGAUUAUGCCUGAUGCCGUAGUUAAUAGCGUCAUGAACGAAAACACCCGACUAUUGACACCGGAGAACGCAUCCAAGACUCCAUCAUACUCAAUAUCCGACCAUACCAUUGCCAGCGGCGGCGGCAAUCAUGCAGAGCAGAAGGGGACUAGGAGGUCCCUGAAUAUGCAUGGGGUAUUUCUACACGUCCUGGGCGAUGCUCUUGGUAACAUUGGAGUUAUGCUGUCCGCAUUUUUCAUUUGGAAAACUGACUACUCCUGGAAGUAUUAUACUGAUCCGCUUGUCUCAUUGAUAAUCACGGCCAUAAUAUUUUCAUCUGCGCUUCCUCUAUCGUGUCGAGCUUCCAAAAUACUGCUGCAGGCCACACCCUCCACUUUAUCCGGGGACCAAGUGGAAAGGGAUCUUUUGCAAGUACCAGGCAUCGUUGCUAUUCAUGACUUCCACAUUUGGAAUCUGACAGAAUCCAUUUAUAUUGCUUCCUUGCACAUUCAGUUAGAUAUCACACCGGACCAAUUCACUAAUUUGGCCAAAUUGGUUAGAACAAAACUGCACCGCUAUGGUAUUCAUUCGGCUACUUUGCAGCCGGAGUUUAUGGCCAAAAGAGUCACUUCGACCGAGAGAACUGCGCUUACUGGGACCACCGAAGGGUCUCAAAACGACUACCCACACGGUAAUUCGCUUUCAUCAAGACCUGGGACGUGUGGAACAGCCAUUUCAGAUUCAACAUGUCUCAUCGACAACGCUGCCAAUUGCAAUACUGCAGAUUGCUUAGACGGUCAUUGA